AUGGUGCGUGAAGUUGUGGCAGGCGCGACUGAGCGGGGAGGAAAGGAUCGCGCAGGUACUUGUUAUAAUGUCGUCGAGGAUGAUCCUCACGCCCCUGCAGUUUUUUUCUCCCUUUCGUCAAUCGGUUUUAGGUGGAAAUAAGUUGCGACUACCCGAGGCCCUUUUUGCUAUCCUUUCGGAAGCAGGCUAGUCCAUACUAGGCCCAAAAGGUCGCGCAUAUUUGUGCGGUUAUGAUUCAAAAAAGUUGCGUAGCUAGGUGAAUGGGGCACGAAGUUACCCAAAAGGCCCACGCCACUACUCCAAAAAGCUCUGCCACUGCGCCAAUGAGCUGCUUACUAACUACCCAAAAGAAUUAUGUCACUAGCACCACUCAAAAGAAUUGCGCUUAUGCAAGUACUCUAAUUCGUCAUGUAAGUAGUGGUCACGCGUCAAGCUAUGUAAGUAUACUAAAAAAGUCAUGUAAGUAAUCAUGCGUCGGUCAAGCUGUGUAAGUACUAUAUAAAAGUCCUGUGAGUGGUCACGCGACAGGUCGUUAUGGAAGUUAGUUUUUCGGGUCGUUCAAUGAAUCCCAACACCGUGGCAAUGGGCUGACAUCGUAUGCGCACUCGUACGGCGUUGGGAUUCUGUGUCCUAUCUACAAACGAACUCUAGUAGUCACUUUAGGCCAGUAGGCCACUAUUGUAGACACGAUGAUGAAAGUCAAGAUGUUGUUGCUCUUCAUCGGGUGAGAAACCCAGAAAGCAUUACCCCUUGGUUUGAUACAGGACCACACCAGUGCGACUUACCCGCAAGUUCGCAGUCUGCAGGCGGCUCCGCGCCGCCAACUGUAUCCAUAGCGUCAGCAUACCAGAAGUUACGGCACCGUGAGCCUGACUUUUUUCGUUCCUUAGACUGUAACUUGAUGCAGCUCCGUCAUGUACCUGCUGAGGAGCAGUAGCUUGCAUAUCAAUAGUAUUAUACAUAAAAUACUUAUGAUUAUAUAACAAGAAGGAGGGAAUAAAAUUGGGGCCAGGGCGGGUAUAUCGCCUCGCUGCCAGUUACAUAUGAUUGUUAGAAGAGACGCAGCGAUGAACGACUAGGACCAAAACAAAGUCCGAAAUGAGCAUGAUGACAUUCAUUGAUUGGGACUUUACAUCUAGAAAUGAGCAAGGCCUGCCAAGAAGCAUGCUUAAUUUACUGACCGCAGGUGGAGCAUGAUUAAUUAGUAGUUAAACCGCUGCAGCGAAGUCUACUCGAUAAUAGGUCAUGGACUCUGGCAUAGGUUCCUACAUGAUUCAUGGAGAGGAUGUAUAAGUACACGAGAGGUGUUGCUAGGGCGCUGAAUAUCCUUCGUUAGUAUGGGGAUUGGGAUCACGCUGUUUUUUAGAUGUAUGAGACCUAACCCUUCUGCCACGGUAGGCACGACAAUAAUGUUUGAAGAUGGUAAUUUGCUAUGGCGACAGCUCUGAGACACAUACACAAACUCGGCGCGACCUCUAAAGCAAGCGCUGAACCCUUCGGGCCGUGUAACUUCCGUCAUUUUGGUGCGAUUGCCAGUCAGACAUUAUGCCCCCUCAAUGAAAUUAGUACCCGGUGACUAAAUGGGCCGCAGACUGGCUAUAUCCUCUUUUUUUUAUUACAGUCAAGGCAAUUACCGGACGGGAGUCGUAAAAAGAUAUACUAACAAUCAAGCGGAGCCGCUAGUUACGAUGGGCAAGGCCCUCGGCUGCAUCUGAUAGUACUGGAGGACUGCCCGAGACAAGGACAACGAGAGACAGCCUGGGCUUUUGGGGUGCCUUUCUGUGCCUUGAUCUUUCCGUGCGUCGAAGAGCUGCGCAUUGGCCUCGGAGAAUUGCCCAUGCUCUGUGGGUGUGCUUAUAUGCUUUCGGAAUGAAGCGAAGUCCCCCUCUCGCAGUUCUUCGCGCACAACACGAGGCAGCUUGCUGUCGUGGUGACCUGUUGCGGGUAACUUGUUCCGCCCUCCGAUUGCUUCGCGAGCUUCUUCAGAAUUUUGAGGGGCCUUUCGUAGAAGCAUGGUGGCCGCCCUCGUUCUAGUAGAUAAGCAUGCGCCCAGUUUCUUGAGCUAAUUGCGCAGCCCUUUGGAGCAGCCAAUGGCGUCGCCGCUUUAGGCACCUGCGCACCCCCUGGAGAUUGGCAAGAGAACAUCGCCAGGGGGCGCGCGUGCAGUUUUCGGGGACCCUUGCGCAGUUUUUUGCUUGCACAGAUCUACACAGCUCUGGGACAGUUUGCACAAAAUAGGGCGCAGGGAAUGAGCAUGAGGUGGGCCGUGAUCUCUUUCAAACGCUACGCAUAGGGGUAUGAGCUUGAUAAUAAUAUGCAGCCACUGAAUAAAAGAGCUGGCUCCAUCUUCGCUUUUAUAGCUGGCUCGCAAUACUCAAAGCGGAAGCGCUGACAGUGCCAGCAUUCUGAAGCCUCAGGUCUUCGCCCUUCUGUAGUAUGUGGUGGCGCGCCAGAGUUGCCAAAGCGGUGCGGCUUGAAACAAGAGGCUCCGAGGUCUUUGGGGGGUCUGUGCUGCGUGCUCGAUGGUGAAGGGCUAGACUGCUCAGCCAGGUCUCCCAGACUUCGCCACAGGAUGGGGACCCAAGGGUGCUGCUUGACUUUAUCUUUUGGAGGGCCUCUGCCUUCAGAGGGGAUCUGCGGGCCCGCUUCCGUGCCCCAUACUUGCUGCCCAGGUUUUGAAGAGAUCUCCAAAGGCCCGGCCCCCCUCUCUUGACUUCGGCGAUGUCCAUGCAUCCAGCCUGGACCGACCGGUGGGCGCCGUCUUUCCACCUUUUCCAAGCUGUGUUGCUGUGCACGGCUUAAGCACAAGUCGACCAGACCGUUUGUUCGGCUGACGUUGCUCGGCCAGGCGUCUGGUGUGGCUAGGCUCGCUAGCUUCGGCCGUUGGGGUUGGCUCGUGGCCGCGAUUUUUGCGCCAAAAUCGUCCCAGGGCGGCCGAGUGGGGUUUUUAGGGAAAACCAGCCGCGACCGCUUCCACUUCAUAAGUGGCGCGCUUCGCCUUCGGUGUCUCGCACAAAAUGAGUGCGGGCGCCUAUGUGACAACUUCGAUAUAGAAUGAAAGUAGCUAGGAGUUUGGCUGACUGGGUUAGCCGGUGCCAGGAGUUUGCUCUGUCGUCGCGAGCACAAUGUUCAGGACCCAUAUCUAACCGAUUCUGAUACCAACCAGCGAGGAAGGAGUGCCAAAGCCAAAGUACCCGAUGUGUUUGCCUCUUCCACCAGGUGCAGGUCAAAAAGGAAGCGCAGAGGCAGUUAUGAAUGCUGUGCUGUUAUAAUUAUUUUUCACUUCUGGAUCACUACGCGGAUGAUCUGGGGGAUCUUCAUUCGCAUCUUUUUUAAGACGGCAUAUUUUCAUUCGCAGUGAAGCUGCCACCUCCGUCUAGAGCUGAGCGAUCAACUAGAGCGCGACACCCUACUAGAUCUACCUGAGUACUUACCCAGCUUUAGACUAGUCGCACUUUCUUGUUCUAAAGUGACGCCAACUCCAACCGGCUUCGACAAUCAACAGCGAGCUGUAGCACAGUCCGUGUGCGAGGUGUUUACAAAAGUUCAAGAAAGGAAGUACUACAGCGGC